UUCCAAUUCAUAAAAUUAUUAACGGACAUUCUGCUAAUUCAUAGUACGCCCCAUCUGACAAUAUGAAUAUAGUUAACACAUUAUACGAACUUGCCGCAUUUUCGGCGGCCGAAAGUGCAAAGUUAUGUAACAGUGCGGCAGAACUUCUGAAUCCCAAUAUGACUUGCACAAACGGAAUAAAUAUCGCACAAAUUGUCGAAGAUGUCGUGACUAACGAUAUAUUUGGAGAAGAGUCUAUUGCGGAUGAGCUUCGACGGAUCCGAACACCAAUUGAUCGCAAAGGCCGUUUCAAUUCGGUGACCGAAAUGCUGAGUUUUCCCAACCAAGAAUUCCGCCGCCACUUUCGACUGGAUCGAUCCACAUUUCAGGUUUUAUGUGAACAACUGGCGCCACUGAUAUAUCCCGAAGUUUCCAUCGACAUGCCUGCGACUGAUUGGGUGUUCACAAAUAACUGCAUUACUUUAUCAGUAGCAGUUUCCUUAUACAUUCUUGGACAUCGUGCGAGUUUCACAGUGGUUUCUGCUGUUUUUGGCAUCGGGAGGUCAACUGCUUAUGCAUUUUUUGCAAAAUUUUUGAAUGCUAUGAAGGGACGUUUUGGUGAUUCAUUAAACCAACCCCUUACGUCUGCCCAAGUCGAAAAAUAUGCGGAAGACUGCAGCACUGCUUUUCGUGAAAAAGGCGCAGUUUGGUGUCCAAAAAUUAUUGGCGCCGUGGAUGGUUCGCAUAUUUAUAUUAACGCCCCGUCUGAGGGCCCAGAAGGUUACUACAACCGGAAGCAGAGAUACAGCGUUAUCUUACAGGCAGUUGCUUCCCCAUCUUGCGAAAUUUUACACGCUGUAUUCGGGUUUGCCGGUCGUGUACAUGAUGCAACUGUGUACAAGAAUUCGGGAGUGUCGCAGUGGUUGCCCCCCAGCGCUACGCUGCUGGGUGACAGCGCGUACCCAUUCAGCCAGCAGCUGAUUACGCCAUUUCGCGACGAUGGCACACUCGACCGGAGCAAAAAACACUACAAUGGGAUGAUAUCGUGUAAACGGAGUUGUGUGGAGCGAACGUUUGGUCAGCUAAAAGGAAGGUGGACAAUUAUGUUCCACAUUCCGUAUCGCGAUAUGAACACAGUGAAUCUCGUAAUACUUGUCUGCUGUCUGCUCCAUAAUAUAUGCGUUGGACAUCUGGACCUGUUUGACUUCGAUGAUACACCGGCGGAAAUUGUUGAGCAGGGCUACAAUGAGGAUGUACCUGUCGAAACGCCUGCUGAAGAUCGUACAGUUACAGCGAAGCGCUUAACGCUUAUGAAAAAAAUUUUGGGCGGGAAGUAAUUAUCGAGUUAUAACCCCUCUUUCCGAUUUUUUUGACAACCGUAUUCCCGCCUAGAUUUUAAGUGGGUGUUUAGUGUAAUAUUACCGCAUACCCAAUACGUGUUUUUGUAACGUCGUUUAUCGUAAACCAAAAUCAUCGAACAAUGCAACAAGCAUGAGCA